GUGCGAUUUCCUGCGUGUUUGCUUGUUUUAUUCGGGCAAGACGAUGGACUUACCUUGCGACUGAAAUUCCAACUAAAUUCUGGUUGAAGAAAAAAUGCAGAGACCUAGCCUAACUCUUGUGUUAUCAGGCAUUUUUAUUGCCUAUAUCCUCCACUCAUUAUGGACCAUAGCCUCAUUGUUUCUACAUCCAACAUGUCAAGGAGCAUCCAAGGAUUGUCUCCAGUCUCAUCUGAGCACCAAACCAAAGCUACAGCUGCUGCUGUAUGUGUCCAACUCUCCAAACAUUCAAAGAGGCACUGAUAUGGAACAUCUAGGAAGAUGGACAAGCCUGGACUUAUCAGAGGCAAAGGAAGAACAGUUCGCGGUGUCGGUGCCGAGCCGCUCCCAGCUGCGCUCAGGCAGUCUGCAUCUGCACGCCUUCCUGACGCCGAUGCCAGCGGCCGGUCGGCGCUGGCAGGACAUGAUCAGCAGUCCGCUGGCCUCGUACGCGCGGGCCCAGCUGAUCCAGAGCCAGCUGCCCGAGACGGAGGCGUUCAACCUGCUCGGUGGCGAGGACAAGGUCAAGAAGAACCCGGACAAGAAGGCGGGCGCCGCGGGCAAGCCAGCUCCGCACCUGAGGAGCCACGUACCGCUGCAGGUGCUGGCCGAGGAGGCUGGCCUGCCGCGACACAACAUGGCGCCCGACGUGGCCGCCCUGGUCAGCCACCGACUCUCGCCAGACGGCAGGUACCUGCCGCUGAUCCGCUUUGACCAGCUGUCCACCCGGAGCCGGCACAUGGUGCUCAUAGACGCCCCGCCCGGAGCGCCGAUGAACGUCACCGUCCGGCUCGACCCGGUCAGCCUCGGCAAGAUCAGACUGUGGAUGCAGUUUGAGCUGGGCAUGACAUCGAUGCGGCAGCUGGGCUUCACCAACAAGGACCUGGACGAGGUGAAGGGAAUCUUCACCGACACCAACCUCUACCUGCUGCUCAUCACCAUGCUGGUUUCGGCCAUCCAUCUGCUGUUUGACGUGCUGGCGUUGAAGAAUGACGUGCAGUUCUGGCGGCGCCGGAGCUCGUUCGCCGGCCUGUCGACGAAGGCCGUGCUGUGGCGCGCGUUCUCCCAGAUCAUCAUCUUCCUCUACCUGCUGGACGAGGAGACCAGCUACCUGGUCAUCGUGCCCAUGGCCGCCGGCACCGUCAUUGAGAUCUGGAAGGUGUUCAAGGCGUUCCACAUAUCGGUCAGCUGGGGUCUGCCGCCGCGCGUCACGUUCGGCGCGCGCACCUCGGAGGAGCUGCGCACGGCGGCGUUCGACUCGCAGAGCAUGACCUACCUGGCUUACCUGCUGUACCCGCUGUGCGCUGGCGGUGCCGUCUACUCGCUGCUCUACACGCCGCACAAGAGCUGGUACUCCUGGUGUAUCCAGAGCGUGGUGAAUGGCGUGUACGCCUUCGGCUUCCUCUUCAUGCUGCCCCAGCUGUUCGUCAACUACAAGCUCAAGUCGGUGGCGCACCUGCCGUGGCGCGCGCUCAUGUAUAAGGCGUUCAACACGUUCAUCGACGACCUGUUCGCCUUCAUCAUCACCAUGCCGACGGCGCACCGCGUGGCCUGCUUCCGCGACGACCUGGUGUUCCUGGUGUACCUGUACCAGCGCUGGCUGUACCCGGUCGACCAGACGCGCCUGGACGCGGCGGCCAGCUUCGCCGAGACGAGCGAGGUGUCGCAGGACGGUGCGCCGGGCCAGAAAAAGCAGCAGUGAGGCGGCAGCGACAGUGGCUAGCGAGGCUGGCCGGCGUCGCGGCUCGGGGCCGGCCGCGCUGCAGCGCUCGCAGUGCCACCUGGUCCCGGACGGGUCA